AGAAUGCAAUUCAACGUGGAUGUCAACAGGAAACGAAGAAGAAAAACGUCAUGUAAACAAAACCAGCUCCUCGGUUCGGUUUCACGUUGUUUACAAGGUGGUUCGGUGGGCGGGUUCAAAAACUCAAUUUCUGAGCAUCUUUCUUUUCAUAUUUUCGGGAUUUUUAAUUGAGCGAAGCUAACGGGAGCUAGCUGGCGGCGCGUGAGCGACAUGGACGAGAACAAGAUGGUCGCUGGUAAAGUGAAGAAGCCGGGAAAACGCGGCCGCAAACCCGCCAAGAUCGACCUGAAGGCCAAACUGGAGCGGAGCAGACAGAGCGCCCGAGAGUGCCGAGCCCGGAAGAAGCUGCGGUACCAGUACCUGGAGGAGCUGGUGUCCAGCAAGGAGAGGGCCAUCUGUGCGCUGCGGGAGGAGCUGGAGAUGUACAAGCAGUGGUGCUCGGCCAUGGAUCAGGGGAAGAUCCCGUCAGAGAUCAAAGCUCUGCUGACCGCUGACGAGCAGAAGACGCCUGCAGGCGGCGCCACCAAAACCUCCAAGAACAGCAAAACUAACGGCAUAAGCAAUGGCUCCAGUUAGACCGCUGCUCCUCCUCCUCCUCCUCCUCUUCUCCACUCCACAGCAUUUCCUCCUCCUUCCUCCUCAAAAUCCAGGAGUCCUGCUGCGGAGUGAAGACCUGAACCGUAAUGACCACCGUCUGACCCAUAUGACGGGUUCUGGUCCGGUCGUCAUGUGGAACAGAGUCUGUCUGAACCUACAGAGAUGUUUCCAGAGUUUAGAAGAACCGUCGCCGUUCCUGUAGAGUUCCUGCGUACCUGACCUGCUCCGUGCUCCCGGCCGCCCUCGCAGGUCACAUGACCGCUCCUCUGUGUCAUCCUGGGACUGCAGUGCACCCCCUCCUGUGUUCCGUGAGCUGGCACCGUUUGAGGGCCGUGGUGAAGGUGUGACCUGUGAGGGACCGGGCUGGGCUGCUCCUGAGGGAUCGAGCACUUUCUAAAGGCAGCAGAUGGUAGACCGUGUUUGUAGCUUCUGCUGAACUUUUCAAAGCGAAUAAAUCAUUUCAUGGAAA